AUGUUGCGUUCUGCAAGUCUGCUCUUCUAUCUUUUCAUCCUAUUUUCGUCCUCAACCUCUUUUCGACCCAUUUGGAUUGGUGGAGAAUGUUGGUGAAUGGACUUUGCUCUUCGCUAGAACUUUCUAACUUGUUUUCAGUUCGCGAAACUUCUUUUCUGACGCGGAAUGACAGCGAGGACAUCGGGCUUGCUUGUGGCUUUCAGAAGGACUCGGAUCGCAAGGAAUUUCCAUGGGCGGUCUCCUUCAUGGUCGACGUCGGUUCUCUUUGUUCCUCCCCUGAAUUCGCAACAGUUCAGGGGGUCAACAAACUGGGCGGCUCCAUAAUAUCGCCUUAUCAUAUCAUCACAGCUGCGCACGGCUUCAUGACAACCCUGGGCAGUGGAGGAUAUCCUUGUUUGUAGGUUGAACUGGAUCAUCUGAGUUUGGCCUGAAACAGUGCCACAGCUUUUCAUGUUUUGGAAGAGCGCUUUUAACAAUUUCUGUUUUUUUGGGUCGAAAAGAGAUUAUGAGAGUGGCUCGUCAUUAUAGAUGUUAAUUGAAGCAAACUUUUCUUUUCCUGUUUUUCAAUAAUCUAGUCAAUGAAUUCUGGCGGUUUGAGCAGCGUCUGAUGGAGUAUGGAGUAUAUCAAUUUUCCGCCUUUUUAAUAGGUUUUUCUUCAGAAUUAAUUGUUACCAACUGUUAUUUUCUUAAGAAAAAAAAAUCAUAUGGCAAGAGAGAGAGUUCCACGACGGUUAGAAAGACAAUAUUUGCAGCUCUUCACACUAUCGUUCGAUCGAUUUCCUGCGGUCUACAAGAGUGAUAGCCUACGGUGGCAGAUGCAUACGCGGUCUUUCGAAAACUCUCAGAAACGAUCCUGAAUGCGUCAAACCGGAUGUUAUGUUCACGAAGGUCUUCUCCGACAUUCCGUCCUUCCAAAACUCUGCAAAAUUCCCAGAUCCGCAGUGUCUUGAUCGACGGCAACUUCGCGCUUUACGGCUGCCACGGUGGUCAUGACUGGGCGAUCGUCGAAGUUGAAGAGCCGUUCGUUUCUCAAUCGCAGCCGUAAAGCCCAUUUCUUCUUUCAGAAUGAUUUUCAGCGACGAUGUCAUUCCGAUUUGUCUGCCCACUCCGAACAUGAAGCUGAAGGAGAUUCUGACGGUCCCUGGCUGGGGCAGAGGCUACAGUAAGUUCCCGGAAAAACAUUGAUAUUGGCUUCAAAAGCAAGAAUUUCGUAAAUUCAUUAAAUAUGGUCAAGUUUUUAACCAGAGCGGUCCGUUGGUCCACGAAACGCCGAUGGAACUCGAUCCGCACUGUAAAAAGCGACCCUGGAGUGAUCGGGUUCGUUUUAAUUUAUUCUUUUUGGAGUGUACUUCAUAAGGCUUGACAUAGCAGCAGCUUUUCAUCGUGAAAUUAGUCACAAUAGUUUGCUGCUCUAAGAAAUUUCUAUUUUGCAAUUUACUUCACGGGCAUCUGAAAAAAGCGUGAAGGUCUAGUGUGAAAAGUGCCUACGUGAAGAAAUUAUCGUGAAUAACAACGAAAAUCACGAGCGUAGCGUGCGCGUUCGCGGUUCUUGGCACGAGUUCAAUUCAACCGUCAGCGAUUAUUUGAAGAGCUCUUUUUUCGUUUUUUUCAUGUAUUUUUAAAUUCGUGCUUUAUUUGUAUCAUGAAAAAUGGUGAAACAGAUUUAAAAAGAGCGGUUACCGAGGUUUUUUAAAUAGUCAAUGACGCUUGAAUUGAACUCGGGCCAAGAACCGCGUACGCACACGCUACGCGUCGAACUUCCUCGCCUUCCUUGUCUUGCUAGUCGGGAUGGAUUGACUAUAUAAUUGAUCAUCUUUUCAUCUUCUUUCUCCUAUUUUACUCAUGUGAUCAAUCUCAUUUAGCUGCCGAUUCAAGCGGAUGAUUUCUUAUGCGCGACUUCAAUUUUCCCCAAGGAUUAUUUCGCUCCGAGGACUUGCCAUGUAUGUAAUUAGUCUAUAUAGUAAUCUUGGAAAAGAAGUCCGCUAGCCUCCGUAUUUCAAAGAAAACACAUUAUUUGAACUACAGAACGUUUCAAGGCUUCUUUCCGAGCUUUCAAAUGUCAUGGAAAGCUUUUUUAACAUAAAAAGGCUGCAGGGCGACAGCGGCAGUGGUUUAGAACAACGGGAUCAUCUCGAUAGAGCAUCUUUGAUUGCGAUGGUUUCUUUUGGGACCGGCGGUUGUCCGGCCAACAUGCUCGCGAGGUGAAUUGAGAAAAAAAAGACAGUACUUAGAAUUACGUCAAACGAAAACAAUUCAGAUUCACAAGGGUUGACCGGUACCUCAAGGAGAUCUGCCGCUACACGGGUCUUUGCUACAGCUUUGUCGAGGAAUAA